AUGGCUUCACCGGCCAUGACCGUUCAAGGGACUCCACUCCCUCCAGCGCCUCGUCCUGAGGAUGUCUUCUCUGCGGCCCAGUGGGAGACUCUCCUGGCCAUUGCAGAUACUGUCAUCCCGUCCAUUACCUGUGCAGACCCUGCAAAGCGCUCGUCACUCAGCCAUGUCAUUGCCCGGUCAGAGUUUGACGCCCUUGCGUCCUCUCUCAGACCGGAAACCGUCGAGGACGAGUCUGGCGCCAGGGAUGCUGCUGUCCGGUACCUGGAAGAGAGCGCUUCGUCAGUCCCAGGGUUCAAGGAGAGCCUGUGCCGCACCUUGGGCCACCAUGUGCACCAGGAAGGCCGCAGGGGCAUUGGACUGAUCCUGAGCGGCCUCAACAACAGCACCAUCUCUCUCAUGCUCACCGGCUCAAGGAUGCCCUUCCAGCGCCACCCUUAUAAUGUGCGCAGGCAGAUCUUUGCUUCAUGGGAGACUUCAUACCUUCCGCCCCUGCGUGCUGCCCACCGUGCUCUGAUGGCCCUCAGCAAGAAGUCAUGGGUUGGCAUAAGCCCGUCCUUGCCCAUCGUCCUCGGGUUCCCCAACGUCCCGGUCCAUGGUAGGACCAGCGAGAAUUUUCCGUACUCUUUCCUGCAAUUCCCUGCCGGAGACCAGCCUGAAAUCAUCGAGACUGAUGUGGUCAUCGUGGGAAGCGGCUGUGGCGCCGGUGUGGCGGCAAAGAACCUCGCAGAGGCUGGUCAUAGGGUCAUCGUGGUAGAAAAGUCGUAUUUCUUCCCCAACAACCGCUUCCCCAUGACCGGAAGCGAGGGUGCCGUGCACAUGUUCAGCAAUGGUGGCGCCGAGUUGUCGGAUGACGGUUCAAUUGGCGUCGUCUCGGGCUCGACCUGGGGCGGAGGUGGCACUAUCAACUGGUCAGCAGCACUACAGACCCAGUCGAUGGUCCGCGAGGAGUGGGCUAACUCGGGCCUGCCGUUCUUCACCUCAUCUGCUUUCCAGACCUCCUUGGACCGUGUCUGCGACUACAUGGGAGUGUCUUCCGAUUUCAUUGAGCAAAACCGCAGCAACAGCAUGCUGAUCGAGGGCGCACGCAAGCUUGGUUACACUGCUAAACCUGUGCCGCAGAAUACCGGCCACCAGAAACAUCACUGCGGGUAUUGCACACUAGGCUGUGCUGCUGGUAUCAAACAGGGGCCCGCCGUUACUUUCCUAGCGGAUGCUUCUAGGGCUGGCGCAACAUUUAUCGAAGGGUUCAAGGCUGACAAAGUCCUGUUUGACAAAAAGUUGGUCAGGGGGAAUAAGGUCGCAGUCGGAGUCCGAGGAACAUGGACCUCACGAGACGAAUCUGGGGAAACUCAUGGCGAGCCGGUCGUGAAGAGGAAGCUUGUAAUAAAAGCGAAAAAGGUCAUUGUGUCUUGCGGAACGUUGGAGAGCCCUUUGUUGCUCCUUCGCAGCGGUAUUAGCAACAAUAAUAUUGGCCGCCAUCUUCACCUCCAUCCAGUUAUCGUCAUGUCCUCAAUGUUUGACGAGGAGACCCGUCCAUGGGAAGGGGGUAUAUUAACCUCCCUUGUCAGCGACUUUGAAAACCUCGAUGGCCGCGGCCAUGGAUCAAAGAUUGAGGUUAUUGUUAUGCUCCCGAGCUUCUUCCUUCCCUUAAUGCCAUGGAGAGACGGCCUUGAUUUCAAGUUCUUCGCCGCCAACAUGCGACGGAUGGCCGGAUUCAUUAGUUUGACCCGCGAUAGAGACACAGGGAGGGUAUAUCCCGACCCUAACGACGGAAGGUGUAGGAUCGAAUAUACCCCUUCAGCCUUCGACCGGAAACAUAUAUUAGAAGGCAUCAUUGGUGCUGCAAAGAUCGCUUACGUAUCUGGUGCAAAAGAGAUCCGAACUUCGUCCCGAGCCAUUCCUACCUUUGUCCGUCCGGAACCCUCCUCCGCAGAUGAAGGAGUCAACAAUGUGGCUUUCCAGGAUUGGAUUAAAAAAGUCCGUGCUGGCACUCCCCUCCCAACCGAGCAGUCAAUGUUCGCAAGCGCCCAUCAAAUGGGCACCUGUCGCAUGGGCACAUCGCCACGGAACAGCGUUGUAGACGCAACAGGCAUGGUGUGGGGAACUUCCGGCCUUUACGUUGCCGAUGCUUCAGUAUUCCCAAGUGCUAGCGGCGUCAACCCAAUGGUAACGAACAUGGCAAUCACAGACCUGACAAGCAGAAAACUAGCCGAGCUGAUGCAACGGGUUCCAGCGGAUGGGCGCUCGCGACUAUAA